AUGGUAGUUUUGUUACAGCCAGUCACUUUUAACAGCGACGUCAAUGUUAACCCAAAGUGCAAACCGAGUCCGGUUCCAGUCCCGGUUAUAGACUUAACCGACCCAGAUGCCAAAACACAUGUCGUGAAGGCUUGCGAGGAGUUGGGGUUCUUCAAAGUCAUCAACCAUGGGGUCGGACACGAUCUUUUAACGCAGUUGGAGGAAGAGGCCAACAAGUUCUUUGCUUUGUCUCAAUCUCUCAAAGAAAAAGCGGGUCCACCUGACCCGUUUGGGUACGGUUCUAAAAGGAUCGGAUCCAGUGGUGACAUGGGCUGGUUAGAGUAUAUUCUCCUCAAUGCUAAUCAUCAUCUCUCGUUUACCAAAACCACCGCGGUUUUCCAACAAGCCCCUGUACUUUUCAGAGAGGUGGUGGAAGAGUACAUGCAGGAGAUGAAGGGAAUGGCGAGCAAGGUUCUGGAGAUGGUAGAGGAAGAGCUAAGUAUAGAGCCAAAGGAGAAGCUGAGCAAACUGGUGAAGGUGGAAGAGAGUGAUUCUUGUCUGAGGAUGAACCAUUACCCCGAGAAAGAAGAAGAGACUCCGGACAAGGAGGAGAUCGGGUUUGGUGAGCACACGGAUCCACAGUUAGUGUCAGUGCUCAGAUCAAACGACACUGAAGGUUUACAAAUCUGUUUGAAAGAUGGGAGUUGGGUUUCUGUUCCACCUGAUCACUCUUCUUUCUUCGUUAGCGUCGGAGAUGCUCUUCAGGUGAUGACUAACGGAAAAUUCAAGAGUGUGAAACACAGAGUGCUGACAAAUACAAAGAGAUCAAGAUUAUCGAUGAUCUACUUCGCAGGUCCUCCGUUGACCGAGAAGAUUGCACCAUUGUCAUGUCUUGUCCCAAAGCAAGAGGAACGGCUUUAUAAAGAGCUUACUUGGUCUCAAUACAAGUCAUAUUGUUACAAGACUAAGCUUGGUGAUUAUAGGCUUAGUUUCUUUGAGAAAUAA